AUGCAGUGUAAAGUGUGGGUAUUUUUAAAUUCCACAGACGCCAGAGUAAGUGCCGAAGAGACAGCAGGGUCUUCAACUGCUGAUAGUAAGACAGAUGCCCGUCAGAGGUCUGAGUCAAUUGACAAUGAAAACAGAGGUUCUCGAGAUCACCAUCCAGGAUCUCCGCCAUGUGCAAACAUGGAUUCCAGUCCCAGUGGUGCAAGGAAUCUUCAACCAUCUGCGUUGACUGGGUCUGCAGUAUCUUCUCCAGAGUCUAGUGAACCAGAUGCUGGGGAAUCAGAGGCAUCAGCAGCGUUGACUGGGUCUGCAGUAUCUUCUCCAGGGUCCAGUGAGCCAGAUGUCGGGGAGUCAGAGGCAUCAGCAGCGUUGACUGGGUCUGCAGUAUCUUCUCCAGGGUCCAGUGAGCCAGAUGCCGGGGAGUCAGGAACAAAGUCAAGUGAUGAAAAGACUGAAAAUGAAGGAGCAGCAUCUGGGAUCAGUCGUUCACAGUCAGAACCAGCUUGUAGCCAACAGCAGCAAGAGAAAAAAUUGUCAAAAGAAAAAACGAGUAAGUUUCUGUGCAUUUUGAUCACUUCAGGGUUUAACAAGAGAACCAGGGUUGUUGAUGUGUUUGGUGUACAUGUGGAUACCCACCCAUAG